GUGUGAGAGGAUGGCAGAGCAGGAGCCCACGGCCGAGCAGUUGGCCCAGAUUGCAGCUGAGAAUGAGGAGGAUGAGCACUCAGUCAACUACAAACCACCAGCCCAGAAGAGCAUCCAGGAGAUCCAGGAGCUGGACAAGGAUGAUGAGAGCCUGCGCAAGUACAAGGAGGCUCUGCUGGGCGCUGUCACUGUCACUGCAGAUCCCAACGCUCCAAACGUGGUGGUGACCAAACUGACCCUGGUCUGUGCCACCGCCCCUGGCCCUCUGGAGCUGGACCUGACAGGUGACCUGGAGAGCUACAAGAAGCAAGCGUUUGUGCUGAAGGAAGGUGUGGAAUACCGGAUAAAAGUCUCCUUCAGGGUCAACAGGGAGAUCGUGUCUGGGCUGAAGUACAUCCAGCACACGUUCCGGAAAGGGGUUAAAAUUGACAAGACCGAGUAUAUGGUGGGGAGUUACGGCCCCCGGGCAGAGGAGUAUGAGUUUCUGACCCCCAUGGAGGAGGCCCCCAAGGGCAUGUUGGCCCGGGGCAGCUACAACGUCAAAUCCAAAUUCACAGAUGAUGACAAGACUGACCACCUGUCCUGGGAAUGGAACCUGACCAUCAAGAAGGAUUGGAAGGACUAGCCCUUCCUGAGGCCAAACCCCAGAGAGCGUGAAUCAGACAGUGGCUACCGUAGGAAUCCCCCCCUGUACCAAAGUGCUGACAUUGGAACCCUCUUACCUGUCACCCCCCCAUUAUAAUUUGACCAGAUCUCAGUGUGUAACGUGCCCCC